GAACCAAAGAUCGGUGGUUCGAAUUUAACAAAAUCUGAGGUUGAUCGUUUCCUCGAUUUGAAUAAAAGAAGCUAUCGUCCAGAUGGAUCGGAGCAAUAUGAGAAUCCACGUAUGACACGGAUGUCAUUGGAAUCGUUCCGUCGAAAACGUGCAUUCGAAAAUGCAUGGAAAUCUGGAUUUGUUCAGUACUUUUGGAUGUGCCUAAUGGAUUUUCUACAAAGAUUCAUCGCGAAUCCGGCUAAAGUCAGCGGAUCAAUCGUUGGUUCUGUGGCUUAUUUUGUUGUGCAAGGUUGGUCGUUAUGA